AUGGUCAUCGAGCAAUCUUUGAAAUUUGAAUUCAGGGCGAGUAACAACCAAGCAGAAUAUGAAUCAUUGAUAGCCGGUUUAAGACUUGUCGUUGAGUUGGGAGUUCAGAAGCUAUUCAUCAAGGGUGAUUCUCAGUUGGUGGUUAAACAAGUAAAUGGAGAGUAUCAAGUAAAUGACCCACAACUUUCCAAAUACUUGGAGAUUGUGCAUAGGCUAAUGAUGGAGAUUGAAAAAAUCAGGAUAGAGCACAUUCCAAGAAGUCAAAAUGAGCGGACAGAUGUAUUGGCAAAGUUGGCUUGCACGGGACGAUUGGGCAACUACCAAACAGUCAUUCAAGAAACUCUUCCUUUCCCCAAUAUUGACCUAGUUGAGAUAAAGAUAAAGGCGGUAAAGGCUAUAACAGAGGGGGGGGGACCCUCAUGGAUGGAGCCAAUUAAAUUUUUUAUUCAAAAUCCCCCAAGAGAGGACGAUUUAAACACAAGAGAAAAGCGCAGGGAGGCCAGUUUUUACACACUAGUAGGCGGCGAACUGUAUAGACGAGGAAUAAUGUCACCAUUACUCAAAUGCAUAGACAUUAAGGACGUCCAUGGAAUUAUGGCAGAAGUUCAUGAGGGUGUAUGCUCUAGCCACAUAGGAGGGCGAUCUUUAGCCGUGAAAAUAUUAAGAGCGGGAUUUUACUGGCCAAUAAUAAAGAAAGACUGUUUGGAGUAUGUUAAAAAAUGUGUCAAGUGUCAAGUUUUUUCUGAUCUGCAUAAAGCCCCGCCAGAGCACUUAACAACCAUGAUGACACCUUGGCCCUUUGCUAUGUGGGGAACAUACAUACUAGGUCCAUUUCCAGUAGCAAAGGCGCAAAUGAAGUACAUUAUUGUGGCGGUGAAUUAUUUUACUAAAUGGAUAGAAGUUGAGGCAUUGGCGACCAUUAGAGCCGCCAAAGUUAGAAACUCUUUAUGGCAAAGGAUAGUAUGCAGAUUUGGUGUUCCCAUGGCAUUGGUGAUGGACAAUGGGACUCAGUUCACUAGUAACUUGAUAAGAGAGUUUUGUGCAGACCUUGGGAUUGAGAUGCGGUUUGCAUCAGUAGAACAUCCUUAG